AUGAAACAGAUCAAAGCGGACUUUUCUGAAGUGAUGGGAAACCAAGAGCUGCCAAAGCAGGUUGAAUUAAAUUUUGUGGAAAUCUGGAGGCCAAGGUUAUUGGCUUAUGCAGAGAAACAGCUUCAGCCAAAAUGCAACCAUAUCAUGAAGAAAAUGGAGGAGGCUAUUGACACUGGGUUUCUUGAGGAAGGUACAGGUAUAGUACAGUAA